UACGAAUUAAAUAACAAAAUUAUAUUAUAUGAUGAACAUUUUUAAAUCAUUGGAUUAGAACUUAUGCAAAACGUUACGUUUACGGAAAGACGAUGAUGAAAAAUAAGAACGAUUUUUAUAUUUGUAAAUAUGUAAUAUAGAAAUUCAAUAGUCGCAAUGCAGAUUACGAAGAAGCCUUGAUUAGCGCGAUUUAAGCAACUUGGAACAAUAGACGAUAAAUAUUACAAAGUAUCAGGAACUACUGUGAGUACACCGAAUAAAUGAUUGCAGCUAUGCGGUCAGAGAUCUGCGGUUUUAUUAUUAACUCUAAUUAUGGUUAUGCGCUCGCAUUAAAGCUUCCACAAUAACCGUGCUUCCAUUUCUACUUUUAAAAGAUGCAAUCAGGAACGUGGUGUAUAAAACCCGGUGAUGCUGUAACGCAGAGUUAUUUCAGUUUUGAACACUUGAGGAUUAGGACGAUCUGCCAAUGAUUCGAAAGGCAUUAUUAGUAGCAACGAUGCUGAUAGGAAUUCGAGGCGAACCUCAAGGACCUGCUUAUCUUCCUCCUAGUGUAUCUCGUCCUUCUGGUACACCUGGAGGUGGCACAGGACAUCCAGAUGAAUGGGCUGGGGAUCCAGCGAACUACGAGUUCUCGUACGAAGUGCAAGAUGCUGUUGCUGGCUUAGAUUUCGGUCAUCGUGAAAUGCGAAAGGACCAAGAAGCUACUGGCACAUAUCACGUUCUACUUCCCGAUGGUAGAACACAAAUAGUUGAUUACGUUGCUGAUAACGCUGGUUAUCGACCAAACGUACGAUACGAAGGAACAGCAACUUAUCCAGCACCAGCACCGUCUGCUGGUGGUGGUGGUGGAGGCGGAGACGAUGGUUAUAGAUAUUAAUAAUAUAAUUACAUAAAAA